AUGCCGCCGUUCGUCCCCCGCAAGCGCUUCUCCUCCGAGGACCCGCCCCCGGCCAAACGCCAGGCCCAGGCCGAUACGAAUAACCCUGCCAAGCCCUUCCCCGAUAAUUCAAGCUCGAGCUCCGACUCUGAUUCCGACUCACCCCUCAGUGAUGUCCCCGAGGACCUCGAAAGCUCAGCGAAGGUGACGCCCGUGCCGGCAGGGAUACCGGAGUCCGAUGACGAGGAAGAUUCAGACGAUGACGAAAUCGAUUGGGAAGAUGCCAUCGAUACUAAGACAAGCUCGAAUACCCCGAUGACGCUGGCCGUCCCGGAAUACGAAGAUCUAGAAUUGACACUGGACAAAAAUGAGGCGCCUAUUGUCGAUCUGACAGAUCCAAAGAAAGGUCCCAGCAAGAUCGAGCGUCACAUUCGCAUUCAAUCGCAUUGUAUACAUGUCCAGUGUUUGCUCUUUCACAAUGCCAUUCGUAAUGCCUGGAUCAAUGAUAAAAAGGUACACGAAACUCUACGCAACAAACUACCGGAAGGAAUACAAAAGGAAGUGAAGAAAUGGAAAAUCGCGUCCGGGCUAGAGCUACCGGAGAAGAAGCCGGAGCCGCCUAAAUCGAAAAAGAAAGGAAAACAGGCUCGAAAGAAGGAAGAUUGGGGCGAUGAAUCGGAGCGCCUGGAACCUGGGCAGCCCGAUAUGAGUCGAGGCGAUCCAAUACUCAUUCUCCUGAAAGUGCUUGUGGCCUAUUGGAGGAAGCAGUUUCGCAUCUCAGCACCUGGGCUACGGAAACAUGGCUAUCGCUCGGUCGCUUCGUUACAAGAAAUUCUAAAGGACUUUCACAAGGAAGACCAUGAUUCCGACCGACACGGGGAACGUAUUGCAAAUCUUCCAGAGUUUCGAGCAACAGCAGAGCGUAUGGAGGGCUCUCGCGACGUUGGAGCUCAAUUAUUCACGGCCUUGAUAAGAGCGUUAGGGAUCGAAGCGAGGCUAGUAGCAAAUCUACAACCGCUGGGCUUUGGUUGGACCAAAGCUGAAAUUUAUACCUCACCCAAGGCAAAACAAGAAGAGAAAAAGGAGAAGCAAGAAGAAGAAAGCCCCGGCGCUGGCGCCGCAGGCAACUCCGACGGGUCGGAAUCAGGAUGUGAAUCCGAAUCCGAAACAUUACAAUCGACGAAGAAAAAAAAAUCCAGCAAAUACGAUGCCGACCUUCCCUUCCCUAUCUACUGGACAGAAGUCGCUUCCCCGGUCACUAAUGCGAUCGUAUCGGUUGACCCUCUGGUUCUUUCCAAUCCAUUAGCACCAACAGCCGAUCUUCAGGCGUCAUUUGAACCACGUGGCGCCAAAGCUGAGCGGGCUAAGCAGGUAAUAUGCUACGUUAUCGCUCACUCCGCUGAUGGAACUGCCAAAGACGUCACCACGCGAUAUCUCAAACGACGUACAUGGCCUAGCAAAACGAAAGGUUUCCGCAUGCCGGUCGAAAAGAUCCCACUUCCAGGUUUACGCGGCCAGUACCUUGAAUUCGACUGGUUCCGGGUGGUAAUGCGUGGCUACGAAAGACCUCCAAACAAAAGAACCGAGGUCGAUAGAUUAGAAGAUACAACGGACCUUCAGCGAAAACAACCCGAGAAGAAGAAACCAGCCCAAGCAAGCGAUACACUCCAAAGCCUCCGCACAUCAACAGAAUUUGUACUCGAACGAUUUCUCCGUCGCGAGGAAGCACUCAAACCGGGCGCAGAGUCCGUACGAACGUUCAUAGCGGGCAAAGGAGCCCGCGCAAAAGAAGAGCCCGUAUUUCGACGAGCGGACGUGGUCAAAUGCAUGUCAGCAGAGAGUUGGCACAAAGAAGGACGACAAAUCGUACCCGGUGCCGCUCCGCUUAAGCGAGUUCCCAUCCGAGCUGUUACUCUCAUCCGCAAGCGUGAGGUAGAGGAGCAACAACGUGCAACGGGUGAAAAACCGCUGCAAGGCCUUUACACUCGUAAUCAAACAGAGUACAUCAUCCCACCGCCUAUCCAGGAUGGAAUCAUUCCCAAAAAUAACUACGGAAACAUUGACUGCUUCGUUCCGAGCAUGGUACCUCGUGGUGCUGCCCAUGUUCCGUACCCGGGUACUGUAAGGGUCUGCAAAAAGCUUGGGAUUGACUAUGCGGAGGCAGUUACUGGCUUCGAAUUCGGGUCCAAGAUGGCAGUACCAGUCAUACAGGGAGUGGUGGUCGCAGCUGAAAACGAGGACUUGCUCAAAGAUGCCUGGCGUGUGGAAGCUGCUGAAAAACGCAAGCGUGAAGAGCUGAAGGCCGAGAAACGUAUUCUGCAGACUUGGCGUAAAUUCUUGUUUGGAUUGCGGAUUGCGGAGCGUGUACGAGAAGAAUAUGGAGGAAAUGAUCCCGCAGAUGAUGAUGAGCGAGAAGCUCAAAAUCCCUUUGCAGCGACACGGAAGAAUAAUCCCCAUGGUGCUAUAGAGUCUGUUGAUGAGCGCCGUUUUCACGAUGAUGAACCUGACCAUGAUGCUGCUGAUACGGGUGGUGGAUUUCUACUGCCUGGUGAGGGUGAUGAUGAAGGAUAUGAUGGUUUGGUCGUUGAGCAUCAUCAAGAUGAUCCAGAAAAAGGUAAUGAACAUCCCCCUGAAUCUAAUCGCGAAGGCGAAUCUGGGAAUCUAUCUUUACCAAUAUCAAUACCUUCAUCGGAUGCUGACGACGAUGAUACGGAGCCCGAUUAUGCUCCGCCAACUCGGGGCAACACACGUCGUCGUCGACGAGGUGGUUAA